UAAAUUACCCUUUCCAUAUCUUUUCUAGGUUAGAUUAAAGAGGAUAUUUUCUUAGUGUGGAUCACUGCCUUUGGUAAGAACAUGUCGUCCAUCUUGCCAUUCACUCCACCAGUUGUGAAGAGACUGCUGGGCUGGAAGAAGUCAGCCGGUGGAUCUGGAGGAGCAGGUGGAGGAGAGCAGAAUGGACAGGAAGAGAAGUGGUGUGAGAAAGCAGUUAAAAGUUUGGUGAAGAAGCUAAAGAAAACAGGACGAUUAGAUGAGCUAGAGAAAGCCAUCACCACUCAAAAUUGUAAUACUAAAUGUGUUACCAUACCAAGCACUUGCUCUGAAAUUUGGGGACUGAGUACACCAAAUACGAUAGAUCAGUGGGAUACAACAGGCCUUUACAGCUUCUCUGAACAAACCAGGUCUCUUGAUGGUCGUCUUCAGGUGUCCCAUCGGAAAGGACUGCCGCAUGUUAUAUAUUGCCGAUUGUGGCGCUGGCCUGAUCUUCACAGUCAUCAUGAACUCAAGGCAAUUGAAAAUUGUGAAUAUGCUUUUAAUCUUAAAAAGGAUGAAGUAUGUGUAAACCCUUACCACUACCAGAGGGUUGAGACACCAGUUUUGCCUCCAGUCUUAGUGCCCCGGCACACUGAGAUCUUAACAGAACUGCCACCCCUGGAUGAUUAUACCCACUCCAUUCCAGAAAACACUAACUUCCCAGCGGGAAUUGAGCCACAGAGUAAUUAUAUCCCAGAAACGCCACCUCCCGGGUAUAUCAGUGAAGAUGGAGAAACAAGCGAUCAACAGUUGAACCAAAGUAUGGAUACAGGAUCUCCAGCAGAACUGUCUCCUACUACUCUUUCCCCUGUUAAUCAUAGUUUGGAUUUGCAGCCAGUUACUUACUCAGAACCUGCAUUUUGGUGUUCAAUAGCAUAUUAUGAAUUAAACCAGAGGGUUGGAGAGACCUUCCAUGCAUCACAGCCCUCACUCACUGUAGACGGUUUCACAGAUCCAUCAAAUUCAGAGAGGUUCUGCCUAGGUUUACUCUCCAAUGUCAACAGAAAUGCUACAGUAGAAAUGACAAGAAGACAUAUAGGAAGAGGAGUGCGCUUAUAUUACAUAGGUGGGGAAGUUUUUGCUGAGUGCCUAAGUGACAGUGCAAUCUUUGUGCAGAGCCCCAAUUGUAAUCAGAGAUACGGCUGGCACCCUGCAACAGUGUGCAAAAUUCCUCCAGGCUGCAAUUUGAAGAUCUUCAACAACCAGGAAUUUGCUGCUCUUCUGGCUCAGUCUGUUAAUCAGGGUUUUGAAGCCGUGUAUCAGCUAACUAGAAUGUGCACCAUAAGAAUGAGUUUUGUGAAAGGGUGGGGAGCAGAAUACCGAAGGCAGACGGUAACAAGUACUCCUUGCUGGAUUGAACUUCAUCUGAAUGGACCUCUACAAUGGUUGGACAAAGUAUUAACUCAGAUGGGCUCCCCUUCAGUGCGUUGCUCAAGCAUGUCGUAAGGCCUCGUCACCGAUCAAGUCCCAUCGAAAGACUCAAUGUACCAACUCUUCUGUCGUAGUGUUUGUGUGUGGUCCCCAUGGACUGUUUACUAUCCAAAAAUUCAAGACAGAAAACAGCACUUGAGGUCUCAUCAAUUAAAGCACCUUGUGGAAUCAGUUUCCUAUGUUCGAAUAUUAGAUGGGAAAAUUAGUGUCUAGAAGUAUCCUCCCAUGAAGGAGGAAGAGAAGAUUUUAAAGACUUGCUGAUGUCUUGUUGGGCAUAAAACCGAGUGUCCCAAAGGUUAAUUAAUAACAGCAGUAGUUAUGUGUACAGGUAAUGUAUCAUGACCCAGUAUCAGUGUUGUGCUGUUUAUAUACAUUUUUAGUUUGCAUAAGUUAGGUGUGUGCGUGCUGCUUCUUGACUUAGGCAAGCCUUUAUAAAGUUACAGUACCUAAUCUGUUAUUCCCACUUCUUCGUUAUUUUUGUGUGUCAUUUUUUAAUAUAUAAUAUAUAUCAAGAUUUUCAAAUUAUCAUUUAGAAGCAGAUUUCCCUUGUAGAAAAACUACUUUUUCUGCCUUUUACCAAAAAUAAACUGUUGGGGGAAGAAAAGUGGAUUAACGUUCGAAAUCGUUGACCUUCAUGUGUUCAGUGGGUCUUAAAUAUUCAUUCUUUUUGUGUUUGUUUACUUAUGCUAAAUCUGAUUAUAGGGAAACCUUGUGGAAAAUCUUUCCAAACCUCUUCUCCUUUUCCACUUUUGUCCUGAUACCAAAACAGCGUAGCCUGACAUCCAGCACCAAUAAUGGGUGCACUGAUACUGCCGGCGCCAGUAAUUCUGGGGUGCAGGGAGGAUUCACAUGGACUGAGUCCCUUUGUCUUACACCAGAUUUCAGUUUCAACAGAUAAUAGACUUGUGUAACCUAGCAGCCUUUUGAUUUAUCUCUGCACCUCAUACAGAAUGCACAGGUGGCAGUAUAAUUAUUUUCAGGGAUAAACUACAAUUAUUUCAAUACGUUUAUCCCGUUUAAAAACUCAAUCUAUAGAUAUAGAAAGCUCUUUUAAAAGAUACUUUAAAAUAUUUCAGUAGCAGACCUAGUGCUCUUUGGGUUGAGUUUCAUUGGAUUUAGUUUUACCAGAUUGUAUUAUGAAAUGGACCUUUUGUAAAUGUAAUUGCUUCUGCAGAAUAUCUAGAAAAAGUACUGCUGAGGUCUGAUCAGCAGACAAAAGGCCAUCUGUUUUUAAGGUAUGUUGUAUUAAAUUUAUAAAAUCUGUUUAUUUUACGUAAUUAUGAAUUUCAAAUUUUAAAAACUGGGGGAGAAACAGUUAGGCAAGUUUUUUAUAAUUAUAAUUAAUUAUGAUUACCUACAGUCUGAGUCAUUCUUAACUACUCCGAAUAUGUGGUGACUGUUAGAACCACUCAUGCUUUACACCCUGCAGUGACAGGAGAUUUCAGAAUCUCUGUUAGAAGUCCGUUCUGCAGCAGAUAAUCCGUAUGUCUGUUGUUAACUCAUUGCAGUUUAAACAUUUCUUGUUUGCAUCUCAAUAGAAAUGGAAAAUAACCACUCCUGGUUCCCUUCUAGUAAGUUUUCUUAUUUUUGAAGACAGAUUAUCUUUGGUACUUGUUUUUUGAAGACAUACUCACCUGUCUCUACAGGUGUUAUUUUGAAUACUUUCAGCAUUUGGUUUUCUAUUAGAUAUUCCCCGUUUCCCUGUAUUUGUGUGUGCAUAUAUGUGUUCAUGUAAACUUGAUGCAGUAAUUUUUUAUUCAUUCAGCAAAUAUUUAUUGUUCACCUGUUAUGUGUGCCAGGCAGUUUCUUGGCCUUUGGGUGAAGGUGAGUAAGACGGAUAUGAUCCCUGCCUUUGCUGAGACAGCAGUUUCUAUGACUCUUAAUGAGCUUAUUUGUCUAUGAAGGAGAUGAACAGGGUACUGUGACGGAGCACAGCAGAGGGAAGGCGGCUUCUCCAAGGUAGUAAUGCUUGAGCCAACACUUGAUGUGAGAGAGGAGCAAGCCGUGUGGAGAGCCAGGGAAAACAGGGAUUCCUGGCAUGCAGAAUGGCACCAAAUGCAAAGGCUCAUUUUAAAGGAAACUCAUUAUUGGGUAUUAAUGCUUUAUACAGAAACCUCUACACAGAUCCAAACUUACGGACCAGAUCAGCUCUACAGUUCAUAGUAGUUGAAGGUGGCCUUAUUUUGUGAUAGACUGCUUCAUGCGUCAUUCUUACUAACACUCCUUCCUCAAGCCCUUACUGUAAAAAGUUUGCACCAAGUCAAUACCUGUUAAUUUUACAACCAUUUCUUUAACGCUGCCUUGGGCAAAUUUUCAGCAUUGUAGGGACUAGCUGCUUGCUUCCAGAUGUCCUGCUGCCCACUAACUACUGCCUCUACAGCCCAUCUUGUGGGCAGAGUAAAUGUCUUAGGUGUUACCACCGUCAGACCUGUUGGAAAUAACCAGUGGGGGCUCUGCCCUUUGGAAGUGUUUACUCGAGAACUUGCAGUGAUGUUGGGGAACAGGUCUGGGGAUAGAGAACAGCUUCAGAAGUGGUGGGAGGUCCUGGCAGUUACUCCUGCGUUGAUAGGUUAAGUUGAAGCUGUGCCAUCUCUAACAUUGCAGAGGCAGAGCACAUCACUGCGGCUACGGUGGGAUUCUUCUGUGCUGUAUGAAACUGGCACUGAACUCUGUGGAAACACCUAUUGUAUUGAGCAGUUAGACCUGUCGAGCAGUUGACUUCGUGGUGGUUACAUUUGCAUGAAUAUGUUUCAUGAUCUUACUUGCUUUUUAAUGAGGUGCUGUUUUUGCAUCCUGUUCUGUCCACUGUGGCCUAAUUUUGGCUGAUUGUUAUUUUCCUUUAUAGAGUUUGUUUUCAUUCUUUUCCGUGAUAGGAUCUCUGGCCUAGAAUUUUGCCUUUAUUUAAAUUAGCAGCAUCAUUUAGAAAAUCUUCUACACAGUGGGGGUAAUUUCCUCAGUUUAACAACAUGAGAACUGAGUGAUGGUGUUUUCUAGCCCAUUUCUAAGAUGAAUGGUGGUUUUCACAGUGGAUUACGUACACCUAAGGGCUGGUUUAGGGAAUUGUAGUCCGGUGACAUUCCCACUGUCUGGUCUAACCAGUGGGAGCUUCAUAUUUAUUCUGUAUUGGAGUUCCACAUAGAUUACUUUUUUUAAAAAGUUUUAUUGCUUAAAAAAAAGUUUGACUUUCCUGGCUAGGUUUGAACUACUCUAGUUAGAAUGCUAAUUAUACUUCAUGAUACAUAUUCAUUCAGUAAGCGUUUAUUGAUGCCUGUGCUUUCCCCAGCCAGUGUGAUAGAUGUUGAGUAAUAGAAAUGUGACUGGGAUUUGGUACUGACCCGCAAGCUGUCUUUUGGGGGUUAACUUUCUCUCUCAGGACCUACCACUUUGCCAGAAGGAAAUCUGCCCAAUUUUUCUUGAAAGCUAAAUAUUCUUAUUUUGUACUUUUACUCUUAUUCUGUAUUCUGAGUAUGUAUUUGCAAAUUGUUAAUAUCUACUUUUUUUGAACCUUAAAUCAUACCUAGUUUCGCUUGAUUCACCUACCUUUUAAACAUUGCCAGAUUUUCUCCUUUGUUCACUUUAUUUGUGCCUUUAUUGUCAGUUUCAUCAAGACUAAGAUUUUGAAGGUGAAAAACAAUCAGUCUAGUUUCUUGCUAGUUAGUUGAAAUCAAAUAAAAGAGUAUAUAUACCCAGUUGGUUUCUCUACCUCUUCCAAAAGCUGUCCAAAUAGACCUUUAACAUCUUUCUCUUUUUUUAAAUAACUGAAUACUUUGAGCAUUUAUUCAAUAAUCAGCACCCUCCUGGUGUGGUUGAUGGUGGGAUAUAAUGUAACGUUAGACAAUCCUCACUGUGCUUAAAACCUGUCUUUAUGUAUGGUCUUUGCUUUCAUAGCUUAACAUUCGUUUCAGUUUGCCACCCCUCCACCGUUCCCUGUGUCUCUUUAGAUAACUGAGUAGUCUGUGGACAUAAGCAGCCGUGAUCUUUUCUCUUACUCUGAUGCAACACAUUGGUGUUUAGACAUAACAAAUCAUUGCUCAUUUUCUUUCCUUCAUGAGCUUUACUUGCUAAAUCCACUAUGCUCGUCAGCUGAAUUUUAUUCUUCCUCCCCUUGACAGCAUGUAUCCCUAGUGGUUUUGCUGGUUGCCCUCUUCCUUGCCAGCCACGUUUUAUCGGCAUACAUCAGUGUUUCUCUCCUUUGAACUUUUACUAAAGACCAAAAAGGACGGUGCUGUUCGUGCCCAGGGUCCUACUUUCCUCAUCAUGAAGGUCGAUGUUAUUUAGAUUGGUCAAUCACUUAAAUCUUACAGAUGACUCAGAUUCUCUUCCGUUAAAUGUCUUUGUGAUGAUCAAAUAGUACAUAAACCAUCAGGUUCUGUUUUAAAUUAUAUUUAGGGUUAUGAACUUUUCUGGCAAUUGCAGCCAGUGAUUUCCCCAUAAUAUUCGCCCCGUUUCCACAUUGGAGCCUAUUGGAUUGUUGUAUUUAGUACAAUCAAGAGUAGUAAUGAUAAUGUGUGAUGUCUAGAGGUUGUCAGAAUACUAUUGAGUUCCUUUUCUGUCUUCCUUUUCAAGUUUUCAUAAAUGUUUUGUCUGUUCAGACUACCUUUUGUGUAUGCAACUGAGGGACAGAUUAUCUCUUGGAGUGGAAUUCCUGUGUUUGGAGCCUCAACCAGGAAAGGUGAGCUACACUCGGCAUUGAUAGCCUCGUGAUAGCUUUCAUGAUAAGAACUUGUUAACGUGUUCACAGAAUUUGAGUAGGACCUGUUUUACCUUGCAUAUUAUAGCUAACUUUAUAUAUAGCAUAAUUGCCUUAAAUCUUUUUAGUAGGAAAUAUAUAAUGUGUAUGUAUGGAUUUAUAUAUACAUAUACACUCAUAGAAAAAUCUUAACACUAGGGGGUUAUUUAUCUGCACACAUUUUAAUAGUGUUCAAUGAUUCUGUUGUUUAUAUCUCAAGAUCUCAGUAAAAGAUUAAUUUGCUUAUGGACAUUUUCCUUUCUUGGGCAGCCCUUCAGAGUAAAUUUUGUAUUCUACCGGAGUCCUAAUUUGGUGGUUCAGUUAGUAUGCCAUUUUUAAGCAGCUUGACAAUUAAGAGUCAUAACUGGAAUUCACUAACAUCAAAAAAAAAAAAAAAAAAGCUCUGGAAGGUGUACUGACUUAAGGUUAACUUAAAAAAAAUAAUAAUGUUAGAGUGUGUGACCCCCACCCUUGCUGUUUCCUCCUGGCGUAAGAUUGCUGCUUAAGAUACCCUGGGAAGUACCACUACCAAGGCAGUUUGCCCUGUAUUUAAGGAUAGCCUGAAGACGGUUCAGACAUGUCUUUCUCAGCUGUGCUCAGCAGAAAUGGAUUUUCCAAAGUUCUUUGGGCCACUUCUGAUUCACAGAGGAUCUGACCAGAGUGUAUUAGCCUGUUGCCUUCAGUGUCAGCUGGUUUGCUGCCAUGAGAUCCAUAAUAGACCCAGAAUUUCCCUGUUGGUUGAGAUGUGUAAGGGCCCUUUGUAAUAAUGCUGGGAGUGAGGAUUCAUUAACUCCACAUAAAGCAAUUUUAGAUUUUUCUGCAACUAAAUUUCCCCCAGAAUGAUGUUUUCCCACCCUCUCUAAAAAAAUAAAGCAAAGCAAAAACCCCACAAACUCUUAGCUUUUCCAGAAUUUCCAGUUUGCUCUCUCGGAUGGAGGGUAAGGAAUUUACUUCUCCUUUCUAAUUAAGGAUGAUAAUUUAUUGAAUCAUGAAAUCCAUAAUAUAUUGAUUUAAAGAUAAAAGUGAAGUUUUAGAAUUCCAAAAUUCCUUAACUAUUAUGUACUUUUCAUCUCGCAGUCUACUGUUCUUACUCCCUGUGGCUUUAAAGUUUUUGGCUAUUUUACAGUGUUACUCACUAUAGAUAACUUGCUCUAUUUCUUGUUCUGUAUGAAGUCCUACCCUUUACAGUGCUGUAGCGUAAAGUUGGUUCCCAGCAUUUGUCUAUAGGAAUAGAAGUCUUACUGAAGUCUCUUUCCUUCCAAAGAGGUUUUUUCCUUUAUCAAUAAGUUCCUAAGAAAAUAUCUGUUACCUGUUUCUCACUCUCUAUUCACAUUCUUGAAUUGUUCAAAUAGGUGGGAAAUGGUGAAAAAGAUUAGGGUCUUUUUCUGAUGAAUGUAAUGUACCUGCUUUAAGAAUGUAGUCAUUUGUUGGUUUUAUGUAACUGAUAUACACACAGGUUAAUUUACAUCCUGAGAAAUAAUUGUCAAACACAUAGCAAGUAGGUAACAUGCAUGGAUUUUACCUUUUUUUUUAAAGCCCUAUAUUUUGCCAAAAUGUAGAACCCAAAAUGGUUAUUUCUUAGAUCAACUUUGCCUCAGGCUUUGUUUUUGCUUUUUUGGCCCUGGCCUCUAAGGCAUAGAUAUUUAUGUCUUUUUAUUACUGAUAAUGAAACUGUGACACUAACCAUUUCUAUAUAAGAGGACAAAACAAGAAAAAUGAAAGAUUAAGAUGAAAGCAGUUGUGCAGUUGUUGAGCUAGAUCACAACACUGUAGGCAAAAUAAAAAUGUUCAUAUCAGAGGGUUUUUUUUUUUUUUUUUGCCAUCUUUUCCCAAGGCCAGACCUUCUGGUAGAGCACAGUUAAAAGUAACAUAAUUCUGCGCCUUUGUAAUCUGGGGGAAAUAUCUCUAGUUGGCAGUCUUCUUUUUAAUAUAUGAAGCAAGAAUGUGGGAAAUAGUUGGCAGUGUUUUCAGCUAAAAAAUAAAAAAAGAUAAGAUAUAAAACUGGAUUACUCAUUUAGCUCUGAAAAUCUCAAAAAGAUACUGUAUGGACAAAACCAGAAGAGUCUACAGAAGAUUUGUCUAAAAACAGGUUUCAAGGAUGAACUUUUAUAUACUGCUCACUAAUUUGCUUAAGGGCUGCCAACUAUUCUUAAAAUCGACACUGUUAAAUAAGGUAUUUAUGGACUUCUAAGAACUAGGUAUUAGCCAGUGUCCUAGAAAUAUUUCUGAGCUGAUUCCCUCAUAAGUAGCCCUGUGCCCUUGAAAAUUCUUACCGUUUCUCUAGCGAAGCUAAGGUAGGAGUGAGUAGUGUUCUUAGGGUGACAGACUGCCCUGUUGGCCCGGGACUGAGUCCCCUGCGUGCAGGACUCUCAGUGCUGAUCCCAGCAAGGCCCCGGGUGUUCUAAUUUACCCUCACCUUAAUGGUUGUGACAGUUGCAGUUAAAUUCAGCUGCCCGGUGGCUGUCACCAUUUCUGAUACUUGGAUAUGUGUCCUCCAAUCACUGAUUACUGCGGAUGGAAUGUGAGAUUUUAUAGCAAAUAAUAGCUUAUGGCACCAGUGUUGUAGUGAGACUAACACUUAGUGAUCUAGGAAAGGUAACUGGGAGCCUAAUGAAACAGAAAAGGCCACUAGAUAGCAAAAUUCUUCAGAACCUGUGUGUAUCCGUAAGCACAGAUCAUGUCUUAAUGGGGUUAAAUUUAACCUGAAAUUUAAAUUUUCAUGGUAAAACUGAAUAGCGUUGUGGAUUUCUUCUCUCUUGAGGGAAAAAUCUGGCUUUUGAUGCUCUAUUCUCUACUACAUUCCCCAGACUAUCCUGCCCAAGAAGCCAGAAUGUGGUAUUACUAUGUUUCUUCUCAGUGAAUGUCAUGUUGAGAUUACUAAAUGCAUCAGCCAAUGGCGGGUGAAGGAACUGAGUGUGCUGACCCAAACCGAGCAGUGCCCUCAGUUCUGACAGCCUCCUACCCCUCAGGUGCUCUAACCAGCUACAACAGCGGCCACGGGAGGUGAGACUUCUCUCAGACGGCAUUAAUUCUGUAAUGCAAUAUGAUGGAUGCAGAGUCUGUUACUGUUCCCCUGUGGUAGUCCUCAGAGACCGCAUCCUCUGUGCACUGUGAUGUAGAUGGUAGAUGUGUUCUUUGUAAGCUUUAAUUCUAUGAUUGUCGAAAUAUGUGGUUCCAUUUAAAAAAAAUUAAACAAUGAGCUGAGGCUUUAUUUCAGCUGGUUUUCAAGUUAAGAUUGUGAAAUACUGAUUUCCUUCCCUCCACCCACACCAAAUAUUUUAGUCUAUUUAAAGUACAAAAAAAAAAAAGAAAUAGUUCUACUUCAGAAAACAUUGCUUAAAUGUCCUGUGAUUUCUGGUCAAUUUUUAUAUAUAUUUGUGUGUGUCUGUAUGUGCUCUCACUUUUUACCUUGUUUGCUCUACCUGUGUUAACAGUACUUUCACCAUUGAAAAGGUGAACAUUUUUCCUAGCAUUAAAAAAAAAGCCAUUUGAGUUGUUUACCAUGUUAUUAUGAGA